GACAAGUCCACAACUGCCGUGCAGCCUCGUCCUCUGUCUCGCUUUCCUGCUCUCGAGUUUGCACGAAAUGGUUCGGUCAACAAUGAUUGUGCGGGCAUCCGAUGCCCUCCCGCUGGCGGCGAGCGUGGACGAUGAAGAUACAGAACAGAAGCUGCAGGAACAUAAACAGCAAGCCAAACUGAUAUUCCGACGGAUAACACCCAACUCUGAGCCGCGAUGCUCAAUAGAGAGCGGGCCAUACACCCUGCACUAUUACAUCUCCGAUAAUGUCGUCUUUCUAACGAUAGCGGACAAGUCAUACCCACGAAAGCUUGCCUUCUCAUAUCUCGACGAACUCGCCAAAGAGUUCUCAUUAUCGUACGGGCCUAAGGUCGAUACUGUCCGGAAGCCGUACGCGUUUGUUGGAUUUGAUACCUUCAUGUCCAAGACGACCCGCCUAUACCAGGACACGAGAGCGGCCAGCGCGAACAGCUCAAAUCUCGACAAGCUGAAUGACGAAUUGCAGGAUGUGACGCGAAUAAUGACGAAGAACAUGGAGGAGCUUCUGUGGCGAGGCGACUCAUUAGACAGAAUGGCACACAUGUCGACAUCUCUCCGCUCCGAGUCUGAAAAGUAUCGAAAGGCUGCACGGAAUAUCAACCUCCAGGCUAUGAUUCGUCAAUACGCCCCCCUGGGCGCAAUCGCCUUGCUUUUCAUUAUCUUCAUCUGGUGGAGAUUCAUGUGAUGGGACCUGUCAUGGUCACCCUCGUACAUUGUAGUUAUGCCGUCUGGUAAUUUGUUUAUUGGUCUUCAUGCUAGUAUGCUACGACUAUCCAACCAAAGUGCACCCAUCGACGCUGCCAGGUUGUGUUGGACCACGAAGAUAGACUGGGCCCUCUAAGAUGUGUACAUAGCUCGGCAGCCACGGACUAAGAAUACAAGUAUCCUAGUUGAGAGGAGACAAGAUGAGAGACGAAUACACAAUAACCUAAACCCUGAACAAACUGUCCCGGAGAACGGCGCGGAAAUAAGGUAUCUAUGAGCGUCGUGAAGGAAAUCUAUAUCUGAAUGUCACCGGCCAUUACAGGAGGGUAUUCCAUGCGUCUCUUCUUCGCAGCAGGGCCCUCGGAGCCGGUAUCGUCGUCGUCUACAACGAUCAGAGGUGACUCCGAUCGAGACGCCUCUGCAAGAGGUGCAGAAGAGACAGGUACCUGUUGCUGACCGCCCAUCGCUGGCAGGGACUUGUCCGGUGUGGCACUGCCGCUCUGGUCGGCUGAUGUUUCCAUCUUGACGUCUGCCGGAGUCGCCCUGGCUGUAGCACCGCUGAUAUCCUUCUUACCGCGUCCCCUCCCUCUCCCGCGUCCUCUACCUUUCCCGCCCUCGUGCCGAAUCCGCUCCUUAAGGAACCGCACGAUAUACCCUUGGAGGAUUUCCAAGGCCUUCUGGGCUCCAAGGUUCUCCAACUCCCUCAACUGUUCACGAGUCAGAUGUGAAAAUAUCGUGGGGUUCAAUAUGAGCGUGUUGUUAUGCAAGACGAUGGGAGGAGAGGGAAGAUGCAGAGACGCUGCCGAAGACGCAGGGGAAGGGGAGACGGCCGACGAUGCCGGCUGAGAAGAGGGUGCUGGACCGACGAUGAUAGGUAUCCUGACCGAAGAUGGCAAAUGAGGAACUGCUGAUGAUGACUGUGUGGGUGGCAAUGCGGCGCUCGGAGGUGCUGGGGUUGCCGCGACUUCAGAAGUGGGUAUGGCGGGAGCCGGAGCUGGGGUAACAGUGGCUGACAUCGCCGUCAGGAGGGACGGUGGUGGUGGCGGUUCAGUCUUGACGACAGGAGGAGGCGCUUGUGGGGCCGCUGGAACUGCGGUGGCCGCAGGCUUAGGAACAGGGGGAGUUGUCUUGGACGUCUUGAAAGCGAGAGGAGUAGAGGCGAACGGCGGGGGCAAAGGGCCCUUGUUCUUGUUCUUUGACCGACCAUCUUUACCUCCCGUCGCGCCCUGAGCAUUUUCCCUCUCCUCAAAGGUGUGCUCGUAUUUCUCGUCAACAGUCCAGUAAAAACCCUUUCCCUUCUCCCCGGCCGAUUUCUCGACUUUCUGAAACGCGCGAUUAGAGGAUAAAUUAUGGCGAAUAGAACUCUCCCAUCCAGUCCCUUCAUUGUAGCGGUACCAGUCAUAGUUACUUAUAGCCCAGUUGCAUAUAUCUUGUAAAGUCGCUCUACCACCCAAUGCCUUGAUAGCUUUAUAACACAGCUGCGCAUAAGUUAACUGAGGUUUAGGCGGCAUAUCCUCGGGCUUGGGCCUGGGUAUCGCAUCGACAUCAGACUUCUUUCGCUUCUUGGACACAACUUUGGGCUUCAGUAGAGUCGUAGAAGGUUCUGGUUUAGGCUGUAUCAACGGGCUCUUGACUAGUGGGGGUGGCUCAGCGACGGGGACAGGAGGGGGUGAAUCCGAUGGUAGGGAUGACGGGGGAGAGAUAGAGGUGAUAUCAACGGAGGGCGAGCGGUUGCGCUGCUCGGAGGAAUGAGAGCUGGGAGACGGGGAGUCUUCGGGGGCAGGGGGUGGUGGCAAUACAAAGUGAAAGGUCC